CAUAUUCAGUUAAAAUAUAUAAGUAUAAGUAUUUAAAUAGCAUACCAUAUAUUCUGAUUAGUCAGAUUUUUAUUUAUUUAUUUUUUUAUUAUCAAUAAAUCUUUAAUUUGAGACAAUAUUUUUUUUUCGCUACUUGCACUAACCGGAACUGAUAUUUGUGGCGCUAAUUUCCUGCACGGAGCUAUAUCGAGGGCGGACCAACGAGAUCAGCUGCUAGCGGAACUUCCGGUCUGAGCUCAGUAAGCCGUGCGGAGAAACAGUUAACUGUGUGUUCCAGCUUCCUCAGUGCCACUGCUCGGGUCAUAAACAGUUUAUCUGCUCAUCACAUCCAGCCAACAACAUCCCUGUGGCCAGAAACUGCAUCUGAUUAAAGUUGUGAACUAGAGCACCGUUCCUCACGUCCACGAUGCCGAAGAAGAAGACCGGCGCUCGCAAGAAGGCUGAAAACCGGAAGGAGCGAGAGAAACAGAACCGAGCCAACAGAGAGCACGUCGACGUCGCAAAGCAAGCGUGCAACUCCUCCAUGGACUGUGAUAAGUGUCUGAGACGACAGAAGAACCGAGCGUUUUGUUACUUCUGUGGGUUGGUGCAGAAGCUCCCCAUGUGCGCUCAGUGCGGUAAAACGAAGUGCAUGAAGUCUUCAGACUGUGUGAUUAAACACCCUGGUGUCCACAGCACGGGCAUGGGCAUGGUGGGAGCGAUCUGUGAUUUCUGCGAGGCCUGGGUGUGUCAUGGAAGGAAGUGUCUGAGCACUCACGCCUGUUCCUGUCCCCUGGCUGAUGCAGAUUGCAUCGAAUGUGACCGCAGUGUGUGGGAGCAUGGAGGCCGCAUCUUCCGCUGCUCUUUCUGCCACAACUUCCUGUGCGAGGACGACCAGUUUGAGCAUCAGGCCAGCUGCCAGGUCCUGGAGGCAGAGACUUUUAAAUGUGUCUCGUGCAAUCGCCUUGGCCAGCACUCGUGUCUCCGAUGUAAGGCCUGCUUCUGUGAUGAGCACGCUCGAAGCAAAGUGUUCAAGCAGGAGAAAGGCAAGGCACCUCCGUGUCCUAAGUGCGGCCACCAAACGCAGGAGACUAAAGACCUCAGCAUGUCCACUCGGACUCAUAAGUUCGGCCGGCAGACCGGCGCCGACGACGACUACUACGGAGCGUCGGGAUACGAUUCCUACUGGAAGAGCACCGCGUCCGGAGGUGCUGCAGACCAGGAAGAUGACGACGACGAAGAUUACGAGGACGACGAAGAGGACGAGGACGACGACGAGGAGGAAGACGAGGAAGAAGACGAAGACGAGGCUGAAGCAGUGGAUUCACUCGGCAACCUGAGCCUCGGUGUGAGCUCGGCCGGCGGAGACAAGUGAAAUCAAAUUAGAUUAAAUUGGAUUAAUGGAUUUCCAAUGUUUAUGGCCAUUAUAUUAUUAAAGAUUAACUUUUAAAAUUCGCACAAGGCUGAUAAUUGGUGAACGUUAGAAAUGACCAGUGAGUAUCGUGGAAAUAAUGUUAACUGCUCCCUACUAACUUUUUUUUUUUUUUUUUUUUGGGGCCACAUUCACAUUUAAAGCUGCUUCCUGACUUCAGUUGUCAGCACGUUUUACUUUACUAUGGGACGUGGGCGGAAUUCAUCCAAGUGCUGUUGACAUUCUUUGUCACAGUGGUGCUUUAAAAGUUGAGAGAACUUAUUUAUUUAUUUAUUUAUUUAUUUAUUUAAUUUUUUUUAAAAAAUUAACCUUCCAACUAAUUGGGUCACAAUUUGGGGCCUGUGGAAAAUGUAGUCUUGUUAGUGAGCGAAUAUAAUUAAGCAAUAUCGCACAAACAAGAGGGCGGUCUCUUGAAAUGAAAAAAUGAAUAUGGGGUUAUUGAUAAUUCAGACACGACAUGGCCAAUUAUUUUUGCUCCGUGAGUGGAUAAAAUCCCAAACUCACUGAUAGCUGGUCAGCUAGCUAACUCAUACUGAUUUUCUAAGUUCCUGUUAAAGGUGCAUCUGGGGAAAUUGGCUUCCUGUCUUCCCUUUCAUCUCCACCUUUCAUAUUUAAAAUCAGACGUUACAGUAUAUUCAUGCAAAAAGUGUAGUUUGUCGUCCGCUGAUGUCUAUACUGUAGUAACGGUUUCGAAGAAGGGAGUGGGAUUUUACGUAUCGGACACAGACGAGCGGAGUGAUGCAUACGGUGGAAUGUCCCAGUGCGGUUAUACUAAACACGGUCCCCGCCAAAAGUAUAGGAACAGCAAGGCCAAUUCUAUUGUUUUCACUAUACAGUGAAUCAAAAGAUGAAGAUUCAGCUUUCAUUUCCUGAGAUAUACAUCUAAGUGUUUUUUUUCUUUGUAUAUUUUAUCGAUUGAUUUCCUAUAUUAAGGGCGCACGGUGGCUCAGUGGUUAGCACGUUCGCCUCACACCUCCAGGGUCGGGCGUUCGAUUCCCACUGCGGCCCUGUGUGUGCGGAGUUUGCAUGUUUUCCCCGUACUGUGGGGGUUUCCUCCGGGUACUCCGGUUUCCUCCCCCAGUCCAAAGACAUGCAGGGUAGGUUGAUUGGUAUGUCCAAAGUGUCCGUAGAGUAUGGAUUUCCUAUAUUACUCAUGCAACAUUUCCCAAUCUCCUCAUUGCUCAUACGGCUAAAUCAGGUUUUGUAUUCAGUUAUGUUUUUGACUCAUCUGACAGUUUAUUCAUGCUUCGUGGUGUAUUGGAGAUUUCGUACAUGUGGUGGCAAGACAGAAGAACUAAUAAAAACGAAAUAUACCAGGUGUGUAUCAGCGUACUCACCACGAGUGAUGAUUCAUUAGGACAAUCACGGGAGUUCAGCUGGAACAACCUGUAAGCAGAAAGGGAGGGACAGAAGGAGAGAGCGAGACGGAGCAUUCCACGUGUACAUGAGUGAAGUGGUAGUACGGUAUAGAGUGCAGAAUUAUAAAAAAAAAAAAAAAAAAAUUCAGUUAUACGUUCUCAGAUUUGAGGCAGAGGAUAUUAAAGGUCACAGGUAACCAUGGACUCGUACACAUACACUGGGCCUGGUCAGUAACUUACACUGCCAGCUUCGUGUCUAGAUUAUGGUCAAAAACCUAUGGCUGACUUCAAAGUUUGUCUUCUGUUCCUAUUAUGGAACUUAAAACAAAAACCCCAAAGCAUUCAUUUCAAAUUAUAAUCAAGUAACCAAGUCUGAUAAUGGAGGGUUCUUGAGGACGGA